GCAUAAAAACGGACGCACCGAUUCGAUAGAUACUGCGCAUGCGUGAAGACCAAUGUGUUACGAAAAUGAUUUUUACUUGAAGGUUUUCUGAGUUUUUCUACAGAAAUAUUUACUGUUAACGUUUUAAAAUUAAACAGAAACAGCGGAAUAAUGUCAGAAGAAGAGCAAGAGACGAAGAAGGGUUUCCGGCUGCUGUGGAUCCUGGAUGUCCAGAAGACACCGUGUGCCCGAGAGGCCCUGCUGCACGGAGCGGGGGGGUCGGUUGCUGCCGGCCUGCUCCACUUCCUGGCCACCAGUCGGGUCAGGAGGUCUUUUGAUGUUGGUUUUGCAGGCUUCAUGGUCACCACCCUUGGGUCCUGGUUUUACUGCAGGAUUAACAACGCUAAGCUCCGUGUGCAGCAGAGGAUGAUCCAGGAAGGCAUCAAGAACAAGGUCAUGUACGAGGGUAGCGAUCUGGACCCCACGAAGAGACCUGCAGCGGAAAAACCACCGGGGCCCUCGUGACCCCCGGCGCCUGGGCUCCUGCCCAGAGGAGAGGCCCCCCUGUUGGGGCUACAGAGACUUUCCGCUUCAACUGCACUGCUGAUGGACAGGACUGAGAGUCAAGAGUUUUAUGGGUACUGUUUGGUUAGGAUUUAAAGCCCCACAGAUGGAAGCUGGUCCUGAAACACCCCCCCAAAAAAAUCUAUAUUUUGUGAGUUUUGAUCCACCCCUACAUCGACCAAUCAAAUGAACCUCCCUCAAACCCUGUGGUUAAUGAAAUGCUGUGGUUAAUGCCCUCCUUUUCCACUGUCUGAACAUGUAUCCUGCACACUAAAUAGUUCAAUCACAGCUGUUUUGUUAGGACUACAGGACAAAAAAGGCCCAAAUUGAUUUAAAAAAUGAUGUUUUGUUGUGUGUGAACUGUCAGUUACCUGCUGUGACAUCACUGAGAGGGACGUGGCCUAGAUGUAAAGCCUUUAAUUUCACCUUUUUUGUUAUUUAAAUGCAUGGAAAAAUAAAUAAAAUACCGAUGUGAUUA